CACAAAAGAACUACUGUACCCUCCACUUUGUUAUUUCCUUGAGCUUGAAGUUCCAAUUCGUAGACGCCAUUGCUUAGAUAUUAAAACUGUAUCGAUCGUCUCCUUCUACCAACAAUCUGAAGAAGCCGAUGUUUGGGGCUACUCAGCCGGCGCCUGCGACUGCACGAAUGGCGCGAUCUGGUCGUUCUGAAUGGCAGAGCACUUGCGCUAUUCUAACAAGCAAGGUUGUUUCUCAAGAGCAAUCUGAAUCUUUACCGAUUCCUCCAGUUUCCAGCGGAGUUGAUCACGUGUCUGCCGUUAACGGCAAUCACAGCGCCGCACGAAUGAAUCUAGUUCCGAUUGAGAAAUCUGAUAGCAAUCCAUUGGUCCUCCAGCAGCAUCGUCAGAAGCCUCUCAGCAUGUCGGAUCUCUCACCGGCUCCAAAGCACGGAUCUAAUCUACGUGUAGCGUAUCAAGGUGUUCCCGGCGCUUACUCUGAAGCAGCCGCUGGUAAGGCUUAUCCUAAUUGCCAAACUGUACCUUGCGAUCAAUUUGAGGUAGCGUUUCAAGCGGUGGAGCUUUGGAUCUCAGAUCGCGCUGUUUUACCGGUUGAGAACUCCCUCGGCGGUUCUAUUCACCGUAAUUACGAUCUUCUCCUCCGGCAUCGUCUUCACAUCGUCGGCGAAGUUCAGCUCCCUGUUCACCACUGUCUAUUGGCUCUUCCCGGUGUUCGCAAAGAGUUUCUCACGCGCGUGAUCUCACACCCUCAAGGACUCGCUCAGUGCGAACGCACGCUUACGAAGCUGGGACUCAAUGUCGCACGUGAAGCCGUCGACGACACCGCAGGAGCCGCCGAGUUCAUCGCCGCUAACAACCUCCGCGACACAGCCGCAAUCGCGAGCGCACGCGCCGCUGAGAUUUACGGUUUGGAGAUUUUAGAAGAUGGGAUCCAAGACGACGCGAGUAACGUGACGCGCUUCGUGAUGCUGGCGCGUGAGCCAAUCAUACCUAGAACUGAUCGGCCGUUCAAAACUAGUAUAGUCUUCGCUCACGAUAAAGGCACGAGCGUGCUCUACAAGGUACUCUCGGCUUUUGCCUUUCGAGACAUCAGUUUGACGAAGAUCGAAUCGAGGCCGAAUCAUAACCGUCCGAUAAGGCUUGUAGAUGAUGCAAACGUAGGGACGGCGAAGCAUUUCGAGUAUAUGUUUUACGUCGACUUUGAGGCCUCCAUGGCGGAGACGCGUGCUCAGAAUGCGUUAGCCGAGGUUCAGGAGUUUACAUCGUUCUUGCGUGUACUGGGAAGUUAUCCCAUGGAUAUGACUCCUUGGUCACCAUCGUCAUCAUCAUCAUCAUCAUAACCAUAUACCAUACAUGUGAAAAUGUAAAUUUGUACAAGAAAAUGAAGUUUAUAUUUGUUGAUCCGUGUGUUGUAAAUUUUGAAAAUUAGCUUUUACAUUUUCAUACGGCAGCACUCGUAUAA